GCUGUUUCACUUUAAUAAAAUUAACUUAUAAACUAAAAUGGGCCUUAGCAAAAGUAAAAAAAGAAAAAUAGAAGAAGCUAAUAUUCGGGAAAAAUGGUUAUGUGCCGCUAUGGAGGAGAAGGAGCGUAGAGAAGAGGAAUUAAGAAGAUUUCGGCCCCUACGCAUUCCUGUCCAUAAUAGAAGCUCCCUCAAUGAUAUUGCACCCGAGAUUGCUGCACCCGAGACUACUGCACCCGAGAUUACCAGCGAUGUCAUUGCCACUACCACUGAUGAAAAUAACAAUGAUCCCGAUUUCCCUGACGAUUUCAAUGUGGAGAUGUUAGUUCCUGGGGCUGAAUAUCAUGAUUGUGGAGAUUAUCAGGAUGACGAGUGUGAGGUACGAAUUCCUACAGAACAUCAGCCGGUGGUACCUGUCAUUGAUUCCGAGAUCGAAUCCAUCACCACCCAACCAGUUACCACCAAAACUGUCCCAAGAAAAAAGACAGCUUACAGACUUAAGCUGGAAAAAUGUCAAAUGCGUUGGCAAACUCUUAUGAAGGCCUUGCCAGCAUCUUACCUGUCUUACUUAGGUGAAAAAGGCAGCAUGCCUGAUAUGAUGGAUGUCACUCCUGGCCCAAGAAUGUCAUGUGAGUGCUCUUCGGCCUACCUGGAAAUUGUAGAAGUCGAUUUAUACUUCGUAUCUGGUGUGCAAAAGAAACAAAAGUUUCCAUACUGCAUCAGUUGUCAGUCAUUGCCUGUUGCUUUGGUGAAAUCAGGCAUGUUCCCUCUUUCGCCCUUCAAACCGAAAGGGGCUCUGCAUUUUAGUCUCUGCAAUAUGUUUAUUGAACUGAGAAACAUCUUCGCUGGUUCUGGUGAGAAGAUUGCAGAGUUCUAUGGUCGCUGGGCUGCAGGAACCGAGAAGACCAACCUCUCGGGCGAAUCAUGCUCCAACGUCAUCUUGAUGUACAACAAGAUGGUAGAGCUGUCUGAACAACUGGUGAUGGAAGACGUUUCCACCUCAUGUCCUGCUUGUCCUGAGGUGAAUUCUAAUGAUGUUAAGGACAAGCAGUUUAUGAUGAUGGAUGGUAACUUCCGUUUAAAAUGCAGGAAAUCGUGGGCUGAUCACGAUGAUGUGCCAAAGAUCACUGGUCUUGAUGGAUUCAAGAAAUUUUGGAUGGAUCGAGAUUUGAUCAAAAAAUACGAUAAGUCUGAACAGAAUACCGCCACCACCACCACCAACACCACCACCAACAACAACACAACAACAACAACAACAAC